GCAUGGCGUCCAUCAGCAGAGGAACGACAAGCGUCUUCUUCUUACUGCUCAUAAUGACUUUCCUCCCAGCAUGCACCGGGACCCCAGGAGAAGGAAUGUUUAUGCUCCGACAUGAAGCCAGUGGUUUCCUGCAUCGAACUCGUCGGGCUAACUCUUUACUGGAGGAGCUGAGGCUAGGCAACCUGGAGCGGGAAUGUUAUGAGGAGAAAUGUUCCUUCGAGGAGGCCAGGGAGAUUAUUCCCCAGACCCAGCAGCUGGAAAACUUCUGGAGGACAUACACAGCUGUAGACCUCUGCUUAUCAUCUCCUUGUAAGAACGGAGCAACCUGCACCCGUCACUACAACACCUACAUCUGCAAAUGUGCUCCAGGUUUUCACGGAUCCAAAUGUGACAAGGUACGUUCAACCUCAGCCAGAUGUCGCAACAGAAAUGGGGGAUGCGAGCAUUUCUGCAGAGAGAAUCCAGACCAUUCCCUGGUCUGUUUCUGUGCUCCAGGAUACAGUUUGGAUCAGGACAACAGCACCUGUCUGCCUCAAGAUCCAGUCGUUUGUGGAAGACCAUUGGUAAAUUUUGCCCCGAGGGUUGUUAACGGGCAGAUCUGCCCCAAAGGACACUGUCCAUGGCAGGCUGUGCUGUAUGAACAUAACCAGUUCAGAUGUGGAGCCAUCAUCCUGUCAGAUGUGUGGAUUCUAACCGCAGCUCACUGCGUCUGGCAGAAACCUUCUGCCAUCUUCCACAUCUAUGUAGGCAAACAUGACCUAAAGAGCGUUGAGAAAACGGAACAGCGGCGGCGUGUGCUCAACAUCACAAUCCAUUCAGACUACAACUAUUUGACCUCUGACAGCGACCUGGCCCUGUUGAAGUUGUACUACCCACUGAAACUGAGCCGCUACGUGGUGCCCAUUUGCCUCGCCGCUCAGAACAGCACCUUCGCUUGGACGCUGUCCACCGUCCGCCACGCCACGGUGUCCGGAUGGGGCCGCCUGGUGGAAGCUGGUCCCACCGCUCGAUUCCUGCAGUGGCUGGUGCUGCCAAGGGUCCCUCUGCAGGAGUGCCGCCUCCACUCCCAGCUCAACAUCACCAAAAACAUGUUUUGUGCAGGGCACAGGAAAGGGGGUCAGGAUGCCUGUGAAGGCGACAGUGGCGGCCCACUAGUGGUGCGGUACAAAAAAACAUUUUUCCUGACAGGGGUGGUAAGCUGGGGGAAGGGCUGCGCCAAGGAAAACAUGUAUGGUGUUUACGCCAAAGUUAGCAACUUCCUGGACUGGAUUGGGACUGUAAUGGCUACUAGAUAAAACUGGUUCAGGUCAAUGCAGUGUACAACACCAUUCUAGAAAAGUAGAAAUAUUUGUAGAAAGUUACAGUAGUUACAUUAACCCUACGAUAAGCUUACAUUUUACCUUGAAUAUCUGAAAUUAAAUGUAUUCUGUGGGUUAAUAUCUGGACAGAAGAGAAGGAUGAAUGGAAAAGAAAUGGUUCAUAUGACAUAGGGUCUGAAAUAUUUUAAUUCUGGUCUUAAACAAAUAGCAGAAUUCCAGGGAUAUCUGUAUUAAUGUCUGUUUUUACAAACAAAUGUUCCAGAGAUCUAGGUUUACUGCUCACAUCAACAACAGCUUAGACAAAUGUUCAUACAAAGACGUGUAAUUCUGUCGUUUUGUAUGCAGCAAAUAUAUAUAAUCAGACAAAA